AUGGCGCCUUUUGAAGCAUUGUAUGGUAGAAGGUGUAGAACACCUCUAUGUUGGUAUGAGUCGGGUGAAAAUGUCGUGCUUGGACCCGAAAUAGUGCAACAAACUACUGAGGCGAUCAAGAUGAUCAGGGAGAAGAUGAAAGCAUCCCAGAGCAGACAAAAAAGUUAUCAUGAUACUCGGAGGAAAGAUUUGGAAUUCAGUGACGGUGACCAUGUGUUUCUGAGGGUCAAUCCUGUGACAGGGGUUGGACGUGCAUUGAAAUCAAAGAAACUGAAUCCUAAGUUCAUUGGACCGUAUCAGAUUUUGCAAAGAGUUGGAACGGUUGCAUAUAGAGUGGCGCUACCUCCCGAACUUUCAAACUUGCAUGACGUGUUUCACGUGUCGCAACUUCGAAAGUACAUCUCUGAUCCAUCUCAUGUCAUCCAGAGGGAUAAAGUACAGAUUCGAGAUAAUCUUACUGUAGAGACAAUGCCGAUAAGGAUUGAAGACCGUAAGAUGAAGCAGUUAAGGGGCAAAGAUAUCCCCUUAGUGAGAGUAGCUUGGGGAGGAGCUGCUGGAGGAACUGUGACCUGCGAAUUGGAGAGCAAGAUGCGAGAGUCGUAUCCAGAAUUAUUCUCGUCAGCAUGUGAAUAUUAUUGGUACGGGAUGGUAAUUCUAGUGGGAAUUACGAGAAUUGAAGAUGGAGGGCAGAGGUUGCUGAGUGAGAAUGGUGAUGAAGAUUGA